AUUUGUACCAGUUUCAAGAUGGCUACCGUCGAGGGUGUGAACGCUUUCCUAGCUCAAAGACUAGAAAAAGCCAAGGAAAACCUAGAAGAUGUGGAGCAAAACAUUCGUAAACUCACCGGAGGAGAUUCCACCGAAAGAAGGGUGUCAGUUGGAGAUUCAAGGAGGCUCAUUGUUGGAGAGCAGAGAAGAAUAUCAGGUGAUCAGAGGAGGGUGUCGGGUGAUCAGAGGAGACUUGUAAGUGACCAAAGGAGACCUUUGAGUGACCAAAGGAUUGAGAGGAGACUCUCAGGUGACCAGAGAAGGCUUUCAGCUGACCAGAGAGGCGUAUCCGGUGACCAACGUAGAGUCUCCAUGGAUGCACCAGGAGCACGGGGUAGAGGCGGAGGAUUGAUCGUACAGAGGCUUUCACUGAUGGAGAGACUUGGGGCACCGCCUGCUAAGAGACCUAACCUGGGAAAUCCAUUUAGCAGGCUAGGAGGACGAGUGGGACCAAGGAACCGAGCCCCCAGUGAUGAUGAGGAAGAGGACCUGGAUCACAAGCCUCUUGUUCAAUCCUCUGUGGUAACUACCCUCACAACAUUGACACCCAAAACCCGUCAACAGACUAUCAAAGAAGGACAGAAAGACAAGAAGAGUACUGAUAGGAACAAGCGCAUGUUUGGUCACCUUUUAGGCACCCUGCAGAAGUUCAGAGAUGAGAGUGAUUCAAAGACAGACAAGGACAAGCGCAGGAAGGAGAUUGAGAAGAAACUGGAUGAGAAAGCCGUAGAAGAGAAGAAAGCUGUGGCAGAAGAGAGGAAACUUUUAAUGAGGGACCGGAAAGAUAAGCAGGCAGAGCUCAAUCGUCUAGAACAGCUCGUUGAACUCACACAGGAGCACAAGGAAUGGGAUGCUCACUCUGCCGUGCUAAGUAACUACAUCCGCACCAGAGCCAAACCUUCCAUCUUCUACAAGCCUGCCAAAUGGACUCUGGGUACAGAGAAACUCUUCAAAGAGUCUAAGCAGAUACUGAGUGCUGCUGUAGAGAAGCGUAAAGCCGAGCUGGAGAAAGAGAUAGCCGAGUUAGAAGGGAAGCCCACCAAAGAAGAGGAGAAGAAAGAAGAAGAUGAAGACUCUAAGAAGGACAGGAGAAGGAGCGGAGAGGACAGAAGGAAGAGCGGUGAGGACAGAAGACGGAGCGUGGAGGAGAGAAGACGUCGCCAUAGUAACCAAGAUGAGGUAAAGGGUAAGAAGGAUGAUAGGGAUAGCUCACAUGUUAGGGAAGAUCGUGAGAAGCAUGGCAGUGAUGAAAAGCGAAGAGACAGAAAAAGGUCUAGGCAUGAAGAUGACAAAGAAGCAAAAGUUUCCAAACCGAAAGACUCUGCUAAGAUUGAAGAGGAUCAGUCUUCUAAAGAUAAAGAAGAUGAAUCCUUGAAAGAGAGAACUGCUGAAACAAACCCUGAUCACGAUGAAAAGAAGGAGAAAAGGAAGAUGAUGAUGGUAAGAUGGAAGGUAAGUAUGAAGAAGAGGUGAAGAUAGAGGAGGAAGAAGGAGGUGAGGUGAAAGAGAACGGUCAGGAUAAGGAAGAUGGGGGUAAACAAGGCAAGGAAGAAGAGUCACAGGUGGUAGCUGAUGAAGAGUGGGGUAAUGUUGGAUGGGGGGAUGAUGGAGACAAUGCCGAGAAAUCAGCAACAACUGAUGCAGUAGCAGGUCAAAUGGAUGAGGGACAGAAUGAUCAAGAACAAUUGGACUAUAUUUAUGAUGACCUGUGAAGCAUUUCUGUUGAAAUUGGGAAGGAAUAUUUGUCACAUACCAUCACAUUUUUGUUUUCAAUGAAAAAUACUUGAUAGGUUUUAACAUUGCAUGAUUUUUGUUUUAAUGCAUUGUCCAGGGAGUGAAUAACCAAGGUCACAAUAUGAUUAACAAGUAAUGAUAAUGAAUUCUAUUUAAGAAAUAUGUUUUCAGCUUCCACAACUUAUAAGCUUAUGAUUUGAAAUCAGCUACUUUGAAAGAUGAACUUUAAAUUUAAAAGGAAUGUCUGUAGAUUAAUUUCUUCAAUAUUUUUUAAGAGUAGCUCCUCCUUGACAGACUUUCUGAUCUGAUCUCCUCUAUCUUCUCCUCUUCUCACGCAACAAUCUUAAGUUUCCCUUCACAUAAGGACAAUGAGCAUGCGUUUUCACUGUGCUUUAACACUUUGAAUUGGGCGGAUGCUUUUAGGGGGAAAUAACAAAUCAUUACAUACCUUCUUGAUUUAGAAAGAGGUGGAGAGUAAUUUAAAAUGGGAAUUUGGUUUGGGUUGCAAUCCAGAGAGAGAGCGUGUGUGUAAGGAGGGGGGGGGGGGGGGGAGCAGGAGGGAAGGAACUGUCUUGUUAAUUGUAGACCUGUCUGUGAAACCAGAUUCUUUGGGAAAUUCAAUUAUGCAAUUCAUUCACUUCACAGUAUGAUACUUGUAACGAUUCUUCUCUACCUGCAAAAUUCAAUCAAGGUUUUCUGCACAAGAAAGUUUCUGAUUUGACAUUACCCCGUUUCCUAUACGUUGGGGUAGUACGGUGUGUUACUGGUGGGUGAAAUACAUAAUAUAAUCUUUAUAUCUUCAACCUACCAAUAUUCCUGGGAGAGAGAUAGAGAGUGUGAGAGAGAGAGAGAGAGAGAGAGAGAGAGAGAGAAAGAGAGUUGAGAGAGAUACAAAUGAACAAAAAACAGGAGGGGGUGGGGGUGUGGUAAGCUUGUAUGUCAUUACUUUGGGAAUUUUAGAAGUUUUGACAUUAUUUAAUCGUAAGACUUGUAUUGUACAUUGUAAAAAUGUUUUUCAUUUAUGAAAGAAUUUGGAUUGUUGAUAAGGUGUAUGUUAUUAAUGAAAUAUUAACUUGUUUUCAAGCAGGAUGCAAAUAUGCCAACUGAAACAUUGUAUGCAAAAUAUUCUCAGAACAUUAGUUGUGUAGUUGACUAGCCCUCUCGAUUAUCCCUGAAUAUAGUGUCUGUUUGACAUUACCAAACUUUUAUUUAGCUUCAAGGAAGCAUCUAGUUAAUAAUCUCGCGAAAAUUGGUGGGUCUUAAAGUGGCUGGAAGUGGCACUAUUUUAUGUCUUUUGUUUUUUACUGCCAAAAGCUUCCUCAAAAACAGGAUGUAAUCUGGUGCCUUCAAUGAGGCAAGGAUUUGUAUUGUCAGAUUAUCUUUUGUCCGUUUAUCUCUGGCUCUUGCUAUUUGAGUGAGUGUAUAAUCUGUCAAAUUGUGGGUGUAUGAGUGUGAUUGUGUGUAUACUGCUUGUCAAGAAGUGGGGCAUUUUGCACCAUUUAGUAGGUGUGUGUGAAUGUCAAGUGAUAUUUCUUCCAUAUAUGGUCAUUUUUUUAAGGAUAGACUGGGCACAUUGCCAGAGUAUAGUCAUGAAUUAUACAAUUAAGAAAAAGAGAGAAAAGAUUAACAAAAGCAAGACACAGUUUGUUCCAAGAAUUUCGCACUGCACAUAUAUAUAUACUUGUAUUGAAUGACCAUUUUGUUAUAAUUACCAAAAUAUGUCUCCAUUAUAUUUCAUGGGUAGGUUUAUCCUAGCCCUGUGUUUUCUAUUCUAAUUUUAAACCUGCAAAUGAAAAUAUGUUUUCAAUUUAAGAAUACAAAUUUGAGAGUGUUUGAAGAAAGCGAUUUCUCAAGGGAUGUUAAAUUGGCACUCUCCACAAGCAAGAUGUGUAUUUCUUAUUCAUGUCAUGCAUAUAGUGUUCUUUUGACUUUACUUUUGUUUGCUUCAUAUUUUAGUUUGAUAUGUUUUAAAAACUCAAUUCUGCUAUAAACUGGUCACAAUUACAAACAAUAUUUCGACAUUUUGUUUGUGUUUUUUAUAUUUUGUUUUAAAUCUAUUGUAUUUUGAUGAAAAUGAAGAAGAGUAAUUGUUUCAUAUCUCAUUUUAAUUUUAUUUCCCUUUUAGGAGGGGGGGGGGGGGGGGUGAGUUGGGUCGAGGGAUUCAAAAGUCAACGUCAGGAUCAUAUACUUGUAGGUUGACAAUUCUGUAUGUAAGUAACAAAAAUGAUUU